AUGAGUGAAAUCAUCAGUUUAUGUAAAACAAUUGGUAUUUGGAUAUCUGAAAAAAAAAGUCAUAAACUCAAUUGGAAUGAAUUAUUAAAUGUUUGCCGGCGACAUGGAUACAAUCUAAUAAAAUUAAAUUUGGAUCAGCCUAUUGAGGAACAAGGAAAUUUAGACGUUUUUCUACACAAAUUAACAGAUAUUAUAGCUGCAUCAGACCAAGGUGAUUCUAAAGCUUCUGGUAUUAUAAGAAGAGUGGAGCAAUACAUAUCAAAUCAUCCAAAUGUUACUAUUAUAGAUCCAUUAAACAAUGUGAGAAUUUUGUUAAAUAGAUAUACAUACUACUCAAUUAUACAAGAAGAGACCUCUCUACAAAAAAUUGGUGUUUUCACACCAGCAUUUGCUAAAUUCACAACAAACAACAUAGAACAAAAUAUUGAGAUUAUGAAGCAGAGAGGAGUAACAUUCCCAGUUAUAUGUAAACCAACUUUAGCACAUGGGUCAAAAUUAGCCCAUGAAAUGAUUUUGGUUUGCAAUCAAAGAGGGUUAAAUGUAUGCAAACCACCCUGUGUUGUGCAAAGUUUUGUUAAUCAUAGUGCUGUUUUGUAUAAGGUUUUUGUUGUUGGUAAUAGAUAUCAUAUAUGCCAGCGACCCAGUCUAAAAAAUUUUUACCCAUCAGAUGAUAUGGAACCUAUAUACUAUACUACUGGCGAAGUAAGUAAAGCAUGCAGUCAGUCAACACUUUCUAUUCUAGACCCAAAUGAAGCCCAAUCAGAAAAAGACAUUGACGAGGAUAAAGUAAGAAUGAUAAUCAAAGUAUUGAGAAGGAGAAUUGGUUUAUUACUCUUAGGAUUUGACAUUGUUAUUGACAAUUGGACAGGUAAUCAUGCAUUAAUAGAUAUAAAUGUUUUUCCGAGUUAUGAUACAUUUCCAAAUUAUUUUGAAAACUUAUUAGAUUGUAUUGAAGAGAACGUUAAAAAUAUUGAAAAUAGUUUUAAUGGAUUGAUUAAUGUAGGUUCUAAUACUAUUAGUGGAGUGACAGGAAUGAAUAUUAAUUAA